UUUUUGGACGAGGCUGCAGUCCAGAAGGUAUUUUUGAAGUCCUUAGACAACUACAUUAAGUGGUGCAACUAUCUGGGUAUCUUGCCAGUGUGGAGCAACCUUGAUGUUAUCAACAAGGAAAGGAAGGUGCUGUUCAUUUCUUUGUAUUUCUUGAUAUGGGGUGAAGCUGGCAAUGCUCGAUUUCUUCCAGAAUGCUUGUGCUACAUAUUUCAUCAUGUACGAAAAUUCCAGCAUUUCAUAUAAUAUUGCUGGUACUACAUGCCAUUUAGUUUGCUGUUUGUUUUUAUCUGCCCCCAAAGUAAUGCCCUUUUUUAUUAUUUA